ACUGCACACUACGAAUACAGGAAGACAUUUCAGAGCUAAAGAAUAAACUUAUGACAGUAAAAGAGUCAAUCAUUGAGAAAACAUCUUUUCUUGAAGAAGAGAAAAAGACACAUGAAAAAUUAAGAAAAGAAAUAGAGAGGUGGUUCCAGUUCCCGGAGAACCUAAAUUGCCUUGUUGGCAGGGAUGGGACUCCUGGGUCAAGUGCCACUGUUUAAACCUUCAUGAUGUCCACAAAAGUGCACUCCAACUGGUCUCAAACAUCAUCUGGUUGUGCUGUACUUGCAGUAACUCGCUGCAGUUAUGGUUGAGGUAAAAUGUUCUGUUUUCAAUCAUGCCUCUUCACCUCCAGUCACUUGUCUGGUUAUUUGAUUUUACCGAAACACUAUACAUCUGGACAACCACAAAUCCCCUCGUCCAUCCCACUCUGGUUUUGGGUGUGCUUGCCAACUUCCUUCUGACUGAGAACUGUUGUUCUGUCCUUGUGUUCAGCUACUCUGAUGCUACAAACUGACUUUUCCGUGGUUCUUCCUGCUUUGAGCAACUCAGCAAAUUGUGUCUUUCUCAAAAGCUACAGUCUUCCAGAGCUGUGACUUGUGGAUGUUAUUUCUGUUGUGGACUUUAAGCAUCCUAAUACGGAGCUUAAAACCAGCAAGUGGCCUCCUUGUUUUCAGCAGCAUCUGCCCUGAGCCUGCUAGGUGCUUCUACCUAAAUGAUUAGAGCCAUGUAAUAAAUGCAAGAAAACAGCGGGAGGAAAAGAAACCUGCAAUUACUUCCUCACAAUAUUAACUUUCAAAAUAUGUACUCUUUGGGCAAAUUAGAGUUAACCAAUGUGAACAGACUGGUAUUUUCUUGAAAGCCCAAUUUUAGUAACAAUAGAGGUUCCAGAUUGCACGUAUUAAAGGCAGUCAUGACAGAUAUCCAGAUGCUUUUAUGGCUGAUAUAAAUGACUCGGACAUAUUAUCUUUAGACCAAGUCUCUUCCAGGCAAUUGACAACUGCUGCUAUUUUCCAAUACACUGCAUAUCUGAAAUAACACAAGCAAAAGCAAGAUGCCGAGUGAACAUAGUAUUAUCUCUGAUUUAUAGGUGGGCAAACACAGCCUCACACAAGACUUGCAUCAGAUAUCAUUGCACAGUGCAAUAGGGACAGAGUUGAAGCUCAAAGUCCCAGUAUAUGUGCAUGGUACUACAAGAAAACGAUUAAGUAAACUUCAACUUAACUGUAAUAGGCAAUAGUAUUUUUGUCUAUAUCAUUUUGAUAGACUAUGGGAAUAAAAUAAAUUUAACCAAAAUUUUAAUGGUUAAGACUGAACAGGCACAGAAAAGCACAAGUAACACUGCAUGAGGGCCAGCCUCUGGAAAACAUCUGGGUUAAGAAAAAUAGCAUUCAGUUUACAGAUGUUGCUUUGCAGCCUUUUAAAGUUCACUUGGGAGAUGCUACUCAUACAAACAUAGAAUGGACUGUUCAUCCAUAAGUGUACUGAGGGCCCAUGCCCAUAGGCCUUGGGACUGUCACAUUGAGAGUCUAUUGAUCCAGGACUAAUUGUAAUUUGCUAGACCCUUAUUUUUCAGUUGCUCAUUAAGUAUUGUUACUAUUUUAAUUUUCAUUAAUCAAGCUAAUGAUUGCCAAAGCUAAUGAUCAGAAACUAAAUGUCACGUGUCUGUCACAAAUAACCUGUGCUAUCUGAAUAUGUAAUGCGUUUCUAACAGCAUCAUUUUUGUCCUUUGCUGAUAAAUUUGGUAAUGUCAAAUGAAGACAGGUUUUCUAAAUCACAUUAGCUAAAGUACGACACUUUCUCUUUAGUAUUAUUGAAUUCCAACCAAAACCAAAACCAAAAAAAAAAUUUGUAUCAGAUACUCAUAGAAGAAUAGAUCCAUCCACCAUAUAGCUAAGAAAAAGAUGCUACACAUUACUUUUUAUUCUUUGUAAUAGUACCUUGAAGUGGUAGCCAUGAGCUCUAGCUCUGUAGAAAAAGGGAAAUAGCACAUGAUUUGCUAAUGACAGGGUUGCUAUUUUCAUAAUCUUGGAAAGACAGACACAAAGUAAUGAGACUUCAACCUCCUCAUUAAUGAGAGGAUACACUUCAAAUGCAAAACCAGAGUUUUUGAGAUAAAUACUUUUUAAAAGGUUUCUUCUCUAGUAUUCUUGGGCAUAAAAAUCAUGUCAAAAUUUGAACAAAAACCUUAAAUUACAGAAAUUUCCCAGUACUGCUCGUGCACACAGUACAGAUAGUUUUUUUUUAAUUUAUUUUUUAAGAUUUUAUUUUAUUGUAUGAGUACACUGUAGCUGCCUUCAGACACACCAGAAGAGGGCAUCAGAUCUCAUUACAGAUGGUUGUGAGCCACCAUGUGAUUGCUGGGAUUUGAACUCAGGACCUCAGGAAGAGCAGUCGGUGCUCUUAACCACUGAGCCAUCUCUCCAGCCCCCCACAGUACAGAUAGUUAAGAGGUAGUGCUAACACUCUGUCAACUAAGAUAAAUGUCCAAAUAUGUUUUAAAAGUGAAUAGAAUACAGCGCCUGCUUCAUCUACUAUUUGCGUCCUGUCAGCACUGCCUUACACAGGGUAGACGUGCAGCCCUUGAAGAGGAGCUUCUGAGACGUGAUUCAGAGUGGUUGUUCCUUCAUUCUGUAGCUCUUGUUUAUUUUACACACAAAAACACAGCAGCUUUCACUUACAAGUUUAUUUUGUCUUCUUUCUUUUGGAGCUUUUUCUUCUUCAAUUUUUAUUAAAUUAGGUUUUUCAUAUUUACAUUUCAAAUAUCCAUCAGCCCCCUAGCCCCUCCCUCUCCCCUUCUAUAUGGGUGUUCCCCUCCCCAUCCUCUCCCCAUUACCCCCAACAAUACCCUGCACUGGAGGUCCGACCUUGGCAGGACCCAGGUCUUCCCCUUCCACUGGUGCUCUUACUAGGAUAUUCAUUGCUACCUAUGAGGUCAGAGUCCAGGGUCAGUCCAUGUAUAGUCUUUGGGUAGUGGCUUAGUCCCUGGAAGCUCUGGUUGCUUGGCAUUGUUGUUCAUAAGGGGUCACGAGCCCCUUCAAGCUCUUCCACUUCUUUCUCUGAUUCCUUCAACGGGGGUCCUAUUCUCAGUUCAGUGGUUUGCUGCUGGUAUUCGCCUCUGUAUUUGCUGUAUUCUGGCUGUGUCUCUCAGGAGCGAUCUACAUCCGGCUCCUGUCAGUCUGCACUUCUUAGCUUCGUCCAUCUUAUCUAAUUGGGUGGCUGUAUAUGUAUGGGCCACAUGUGGGGCAGGCUCUGAAUGGCUGUUCUUUCAGUCUCUGCUCCAAACUUUGCCUCCCUAUCCCCUCCUAUGGGAUGGGAUAUUUUUGUUCCCCUCUUAAAGAAGGAGUGAAGCAUCCACAUUUUGGUCAUCCCUCUUGAGCUUCAUUUGUUCUAGGUAUCUCGGGUAAUUCAAGCAUUUGGGCUGAUAGCCACUUAUCAAUGAGUGCAUACCAUGUGUGUUUUUCUGUGAUUGGGUUUACCUCACUCAGGAUGAUAUUUUCCAGUUCCAUCCAUUUGCCUAUGAAUUUCAUGAAGUCAUUGCUUUUGAUAGCUGAGUAAUAUUCCAUUGUGUAGAUGUACCACAUUUUCUGUAUCUAUUCCUCUGUUGAAGGGCAUCUGGGUUCUUUCCAGCUUCUGGCUAUUAUAAAUAAGGCUGCUAUGAACAUACUGGAGCAUGUGUCUUUGUUAUAUGGAACAUCUAUUGGGUAUAUGCCCAAGAGAGGUAUACAUGGGUCCUGAGGUAGUUCAAUGUCCAAUUUUCUAAGGAACCUCCAGACUGAUUUCCAGAAUGGUUGUACCAGUCUGCAACCCCACCAACAAUGGAGGAGUGUCCCUCUUUCUCCACAUCCUUGCCAGCAUCUUCUGUUGUCUGAGUUUUUGAUCUUAGCUGUUCUCACUGGUGUGAGGUAGAAUCUCAGGGUUGUUUUGAUUUGCGUUUCCCUUAUGACUAAAGAUGUUGAACAUUUCUUUAGGUGCUUCUCAGCCAUUCAAUAUUCCUCAGCUGUGAAUUCUUUGUUUAGCUUUGUACCCCAUUUUUCAAUAGGGUUAUUUGACUCUCUGGAGUCUAACUUUGUGAGUUCUUUGUAUAUGUUGGAUAUUAGCCCUCUAUUGGAUGUAGGAUUGUUAAAGAUCUUUUCCCAAUCUGUUGGUUGCCAUUUUGUCCUAAUGAUAGUUUCCUUUGCCUUACAGAAGUUUGCAGUUUUAUAAGAUCCCAUUUGUUGAUUCUUGAUCUGAGAGCAUAAGCCAUUGGUGUUUUGUUCAGGAAAUUUUUUCCAGUGCCAAUGUGUUCCAGAUGCUUCCCUAGUUUUUCUUCUAUUAGUUUGAGUGUGUCUGGUUUGAUGUGGAGGUCCUUGAUCCACUUGGACUUAAGCUUUGUACAGGGUGAUAAGAAUGGAUCGAUCUGCAUUCUUCUACAUGCUGACCUCCAGUUGAACCAGCACCAUUUGCUGAAAAUGCUAUCUUUUUUCCAUUGGAUGGUUUUGGCUCCUUUGUCAAAAAUCAAGUGACCAUAGGUGUGUGGGUUCAUUUCUGGGUCUUCAGUUCUACUCCACUGGUCUAUCUGUCUGUCUCUGUACCAAUACCAUGCAGUUUUUAUCACUAUUGCUCUGUAAUACUGCUUGAGUUCAGGGAUAGUGAUUCCCCUGGACGUCCUUUUAUUGUUGAGGAUAGUUUUAGCUAUCCUGGGUUUUUUGUUAUUCCAGAUGAAUUUGCAAAUUGUUCUUUCUAUCUCUCUGAAGAAUUGGAUUGGUAUUUUGAUAGGGAUUGCAUUGAAUCUGUAGAUUGCUUUUGGUAAAAUGGCCAUUUUUACUAUAUUAAUCCUGCCAAUUCAUGAGCAUGUGAAAUCUCUCCAUCUUCUGAGAUCUUCAGUUUGUUUCUUCAGAGGCUUGAAGUUCUUAUCAUACAGAUCUUUCACUUGCUUGUUUAAAGUCACACUGAGGUAUUUCUAUAUUAUUUGGGACUAUUAUGAAGGGUGUUGUUUCCCUAAUUUCUUUCUCGGCUUGCUUCUCUUUUGUGUAGAGGAAGGCUACUGAUUUAUUUGACUUAAUUUUAUACCCAGCCACUUUGCUGAAGUUGUUUAUCAGCUUUAGUAGUUCUCUGGUGGAACUUUUGGGCUCACUUAAGUAUACUAUCAUAUCAUCUGCAAAUAGUGAUAUUUUGACUUCUUCCUUUCUAAUUUGUAUACAUUUGGCCUCCUUUUGUUUUCUGAUUGCUCUGGCUAGAACUUCAAGAAGUAUAUUGAAUAAGUAGGGAGAGAGUGGGCAGCCUUGUCUAGUCCCUGAUUUUAGUGGGAUUGCUUCAAGUUUCUCUCCAUUUAGUUUAAUGUUAGCUACUGGUUUGCUGUAUAUGGCUUUUACUAUGUUUAGGUAUGGGCCUUGAAUUCCUAGUCUUUCCAGGACUUUUAUCAUGAAGGGGUGUUGAAUUUUUUCAAAUAAUUUCUCAGCAUCUAAUGAAAUGAUCAUGUGAUUUUUACCUUUCAGUUUAUUUAUAUAGUGGAUUACGUUAAUGGUUUUCUGUAUUUUAAACCAUCCCUGCAUACCUGGGAUGAAGCCUACUUGAUCAUGAUGGAUGAUAGUUUUGAUGUGUUCUUGGAUUCGGUUUGCAAGAAUUUUAUUGUGUAUUUUUUGCAUGGAUAUUCAUAAGGGAAAUUGGUCUGAAGUUCUCUUACUUCCGUUGGGUCUUUGUGUGGUUUGGGUAUAAGAGUAAUUGUGACUUCAUAGAAGGAAUUUGGUAGUGCUCUGUCUGUUUCAAUUUUGUGGAGUAGUUUGGAGAGAAUUGGUAUGAGGGCUUCUGUGAAGGUCUGAUAGAAUUCUGCACUGAACCUGUCUGGUCCCGGGCUGUGUUUUGGUUGGGAAACUUUUAAUAACUGCUUCUAUUUCUUUAGGAGUUAUGGGGUUGUUUAAUUGGUUUAACUGUUCCUUAUUUAACUGUGAUACCUGGUAUUUGUCCAGAAAAUUGUCUGGACAGAUUUUUGAAUUUUGUUGAAUAUAGGCUUUUGUAGUAGGAUCUGAUGACUUUUUUAAUUUCCUCUAAUUCAGUAGUUAUGUCUCCCUUUUCAUUUCUGAUUUUGUUAAUUUGGACACUCUGUGUCCUCUUGUUAGUCUGGCUAAGUCUAUCUUGUUGAUUUUCUCAAAGAACCAACUUUUGGUUCUGUUGAUUCUUUCUAUGGUCCUUUUUGUUUCUACUUGGUUGAUUUCAGCUCUGAGUUUGAUUAUUUCCUGCCUUCUACUCCUCCUGGGUGUAUUUGCUUCUUUUUGUUCUAGAGCUUUUAGGUGUGCUGUCAAGCUGCUGACAUAUGCUCUUUCCUGUUUCUUUCUGCAGGCACUCAGCGCUAUGAGUUUUCCUCUUAGCACAGCUUUCAUUGUGUCCCAUAAGUUUGGGUAUAUUGUACCUUCAUUUUCAUUAAAUUCUAACAAGUCUUUAAUUUCUUUCUUUAUUUCUUCCUUGACCAGGUUAUCGUUGAGUAGAGCGUUGUUCAACUUCCACGUAUAUGUGGGCGUUCUUAGAUUUGAUUUUCUUAUAUUUUUGGUUGUGAGCCUAGCCUUUAACGGCUGAGCCAUCUCUCCAGCCCUUGAUUUUCUUAUCGUUUCCUGGAUUUCAUGUAUGUUUUGGGCUAGGAACUUUUUCCGUUUUACAUUAUGUUUGACAGUUGUGUUGAUGUUUUCUAUGGAAUCUUCUGCUCAUGAGAUUCUCUCUUCUAUCUCUUGUAUUCUUUUGGUGAUGCUCACAUCUAUGACUCCUCAUCUCUUCCCUGGGUUUUCUAUCUCCAGGGUUAUCUCCCUUUGUGCUUUGUUUAUUGUUUCUAUUUCUGUUUAUAACUUGUUGAUGGUUUUGUUCAUUUCCUUCUCCUGUUUGGUUGUUUUUUUCCAGUAGUUCUUUAAGGGAUUUUUGUGUUUCCUUUUUACUUGUUUACUUGUGUUGUCCUGUAAUUCUUUAAGGGAGUUAUUUAUGACCUCCUUAAAGUCCUCCAUAAUCAUGAUAAAGUGUGAUUUUUAAAUCUUGAUCUUGCUUUUCCGGUGUGUUUGGAUAUCCAGUGUUUGCUUUGGUGGGAGAACUAGAUUCUGAUGAUGCCAAGUAGUCUUGAUUUUUGUUGCACUUGUCUCUUGCCAUCAGGUUGUCUCUGGUGUUACCUGUUCUUGCUGUUUCUAAUGGUGGCUUGACCUUCCUGUGGGCCUGUGUGCCAGCACUCCUGUAGAUCUGUUUUCCUGUUUUCUUUCAGCCAGUUAUGGGAACAGAGUGUUCUGCUCUCAGGCAUGUAGUCAAUCCUGGCAGCUGGCAUUCAGCUCUCCCUCCGUGAGGGCAGCAACCAGAAGGAAGUGUCCCGCCCCUACUGCUCCUAGGUUCCUGUGUGCAGGGAACACAGGUGGUGCUAGGCAUUUUCCUCUUGAGUUGGGAAUGUGAGCAGAGAGCAGUCUCCUCUGGGUUUUGAGGGGUUUCUGCACCUCUGAGGGUUUAGCUCUUCCCCCUAACCCCACAGGAUUUGGGUGUAGGGAGUUCUUUGACCUGUUCAGUUUAGAUCCAGGCACAGUUCUGGACUGUAGGGUUCCUGAAACUUGACUGCUCCUAUACUCCUGUGCCCAGAGGCACUAUGCAGUUUCCUCUUGGGCCAGGGAUAUGGGCAAAGGUGGACAGUCUGUCCUGCCCUGCAGUCUCAGGAUUGCCCGAACUUCUGGGUGAUCAGCUCUCUCACCCACGGGAUUUGGGAGCAGGGAACUGUGGGCCGGGAUCAGAGAAGUUCGGGCUACAGCAAGCUAUUUUGUCUUCUAAGACAACGACUUUAAGUAGCCCACGCAGAGAUGUACCAGAUGUCAAUACAUCUACUUGGCUGAAAAUAUUUUCUCUUCAUGUUAUCAUGGUACAACUGCUCUUAACAGUCUUCCUUUAGGCGAGGUUUUUCUGAGGACCCUUCCAUCCCUCAUAUGCACUUUUUUUUUUUACUUUGCCAGACCAUUAGAUCACUUUCAUUUUAGUUUGUGGGCCACACAUUCUAUUCUCAGAAACAUUCUCUCACACACAUUCUCAGAAAGCAUCAUUUUUUUAUAGCCUUUCAUUCGAUUAUUUCUCCUAGUCUCAAUGUAAUCUAUGCAGGUUCUUAGUGAUUAGUUUAAUUCCUCCAUACCUUUUUGUUUGCUUGGGUCUAAAACAGCACCCCCACACUCAGGCCUUGCCAGUUUCUGCCCAGCAGCCAUAAUUCACAGUCUUCGGGUUAAGUUCUCCUUUUGGUACACUGAAGCUUCACAGAGAGUUAGAUCUCAAACACUGCAAGCAUUGUCUUCAUUUACAGCUUGUGUGGGCAGUGGAAGGUACUUCGACUUGAGGUGCUUCUCAGAGGAAAACUGAAUCACUGGAAUAGGGUCAAUGCUCUUCCCAGAUUCCAGCAGCUCUGCUCUGAUCCUCUCUGAGAAGCCCCCACCCAAUCUGUGCUCUUUUGCCUCUGGUUGCUCUUACCUGAGACUUUCUUAGGAAGGAUUUUACCCCAAGAAGCACUUUCCUGCAGCUUCAAAUCUUUCUUCCUUCCCAGUCUUGCUUCUCUCACUGAUUACUCCUGGGAAGGCCUCAAGAACAAAUCACUACUCAAGAAUUUUCAUCUCAGGGUUGACUGUGGGGAAUCCCAAGCUAAGUCACCUUGCAAAAAUAAUAUCACACUGAAACCUCAAUUUUUUUCAAAGCAGACUUGUUCUGUUCCUAUGUAUCCCUCCCCCAGGUCAGCUUCAUUCACAACAGGAAAAAAGAAGAUGAAGAAACAAGAAAAUCAUGUGGAACCCUGGAAAUCUAAUCACUGGCCUGCUGUUAUCUGGUGUGAUUUUAAUAUGAUUUAUUUAUUUUAAGUAAAAAGGCAAGCUGACAGGCAUUAACAGUAUUAUAUGUAAUUAAUGUAUCAAUGGAAGUACACUAUUAGCUUUCAAAAUAAUCACUAUUUCAUUAUCAUUUUUAAUAUUAAUGUCCUAAAGAAGUACCAUGUUGUGACAGACAAUAAAUUAAGUAGGUAACUCUUGACCCUGAAACUCUAAGGCAAAAGCUUUAGUGUAGUUUCAACUGUGACAAGGUCACAUGACUGUAGAUAGAUUUGUUAGAGAAUUCAUACAAGCAGUUUUACAAAAAGGCAGUAUUUAGGGAAAAUAUUCCAACUCCAUUCUGUUUAGAUGACAAAGUAAAACACGCACGCUCUCCGACACUGUGUCCUCAUGUUCGCACGCUGGUUCCUCACACCACUUCUGUCUUCCCUACCAUUUAAAAUCAGCAUUCGCUACUCCCAACGCUUGGCUCUUCCAUCCGUAGCUCAGGAACACUAGAGUAACAAUCUGGUGCCUAUCAAGAACAAUGAACUCAGCAAGACACAGGAAAUAUGGAUCUGUAGAGCAGAACUUCAAAAAAUACCACAGCCAGGGCAACCAAUAUCAUAGUGACAGACAACAACUCACAACACCUUUAUCAAUAUUUAUUGCCAACAGUAGCAGAUACAUUAUUGAUAUUCUUAUGUCAAAAUUUAAUGUUAGAAAUAAUUUACCAAUAAUAAUUUUUAGUGCUGUAGGAAUGAUUUUUUAUCACUAUAUCAAGUCAAUGUAUCAAGUGCCUUUGCACUUCUAAACCACAAAAAACUAAUACUGCUAGUACCCAAAACCUCAUGACAUAUAUAGAGUUUAAAAUUACAUGAUAUCUAUAAUAUACAAUAUAAUUUUAAACUACUUCCUUACUAAGAUUUCUCAAAAUCUAUGGUGUAUGUAUAUGUAUAAGUUAAAAUUAGAUCAUAUAUAUUAAAUAUAUAGACUUUAUAACAAUUAUACAUGUAACAUGGUAAAAUUUUAAACUAUUAACAAUGUCACACAGAAGUGGAGAGCAGAAAUGAGAAUACACCUUGACUAUGGAAUUAGUUAUGCGACCUAAAAUGGAAGGCAGGCUAAUGUGAAGUAUGCUUAAAACAGAACUGAUGGAGAAGACAUCCACACAGUUUUCUCAUUACUCCAUCAUGUUGUACCUUCUCUGUGUUAGGAAACUGUAGAAAUAAAUACAGCACAUAACACACACACACACACACACACACACACACACACACACACACAGUGGGGGAGGGAGGGAGAGACAGAGAAAACACUCAGUUAAGUAUAAACUAUCCUAUUAACAGAAGCAUUAGCCAAGCCUUUUUUGAUGUUGGAAACACAAAAUAAGAAGCAACUAAUUAUGACAAAGAGGUGACUUUUGAAGCUGUUUCAAGGAAGGCGUAGAUAUCAGGCACGGAACAAGUGCUCUGAUGUAUGGUGGAAGAAUCAAUGAGCAUCAUAACCAGCCUAUGGGUCAACUCAUCUUGUUCCACAAAUCCCCCAGCAUUCCUCUCUGGCCUCUCCUCACCCAAAUCUUACUGCUAAUACUGAAGAGGUUUCAAAUAAAGAUUGAGUAUACAAUGCUUCUUCAAUAAAGAAAGUAAAAUCCAUUUUAUGCACAAAUAGUAAACACUUAAAAACCUGUCAGCAACCUGCCCUGCCAUUCUCAUUGUAUCCUUUUCUACCCAACAAAUAAAGCCUAUAAUUCAACCAAAACAAUAUUCUAGCUCUUGCAUAAGCCAUGUUCUCACAAACUAUUCCCUGCCUGAAAUUACUUUCCCUGCCACCUAGGGGUCAACCCCAACUCAGCCUUUGGGAUCAAAUCAAUGAUUACAUCUACUAUAAAACUGAAUUGCCAUUUAGCAAGGCUCAAGUUCUCCACAAUUUCACAGUUUAGAAUUACCUGGAAAUCUAUAUCAUGAUUUUGGGAUAAAAAUAACGGGACUACAGCCUAGAGAAUUGAUGUAGCCUUCUUGUUUGGAGUGGGUUAAGAAAAUUUAAACCCUAAAAUAUUGUGCUUCAUUGAAGAUAUUCUGGACUUUGCAGUGUAAUGCUAAGUAGAGGGUAACACCCAAGUCUCUGGGAGGCUCUGGGUUCCACCCUUAGUAACACACACACACACACACACACACACACCAAACAUACACCACACACUCACACCACACAUUCACACCACACACACAAACACACCACACACUCAUAUCACACACCACACACACCACACACACACACACACACACACACACACACACACACAAAGAAUGUGAAAUCCAAUCUCAUCUACUUUCAAAGUCUACUUUUGUAUUUUUAGACCAAAUUUUAUGAACAUUUACCAGUAUAAAAUGUCUCAGAAGAAUGCCUCUUAAGAGAGUGAAAUGACACUUGCUGGUAGCUCUAGUGAGAUACGUGUGCUUAGAAAACCACAGGAUACACAUUUUACAUUUCUUCAUUAUAAACACUUUGAAGCAUGCUUUGAAGGGAAUUUAUUUAGGGAAAAUGUAGGCACAGUACUUCAUCCUUUCAAAGAGAAAACUGCAAUGAACUCUGAAAAUACUAGGAACAAACAGGACAUUAGGGGAGUAAAAAGGAAGUUAUUAAAAGUGGUAGUUGUAGUGAAAUAGAAUUGAAGACCCAUGGCACUCAAGCAGCAGGUACCCUGCGGUCCAGACACCGCCCGAACCUGAAGGGAACUGGUCAUCAGUUCUCUGAACCCAAAUCCCGUGGGAGGGAGAGCUAAACCUUCAGAGGUGCAGACACGCCUGAGAAGCCAGAAGAGACUACACUCUGCCCACAUUUCUAACUCCAGAGGAAAACAGCUAACGCCAUCUGGGACCCUGGUCCACGGGGGGCCCCGGGAAAAGGUGGCAAGGCCCUCCUGGUAGCUGCCCUCAAGGAGAGCUCAAAAGCAGCCCCCCCAGGAGCCACUUCAGCCUCGGGACCACGGGUAAGACCAACUUUUUUGCUCCAAGAGACCUGCAUGGUGGAACAGGCCCACAGGAACAGCCGAAGACCAGUAGACAGGAAAGACUACACGCCUGAAAGCAGAACACUCUGUUUCCAUAACUGGCUAAAAGAAAACAGGAAAACAGGUCUACAGCACUCCUGACACACAGGCCUAUAGGACGGUGUAGCCACUGUCAGAAAUAGCAGAACAAGGUAACACCAGAGACAACCUGAUGGCGAGAGGCAAGCGCAGGAACCCAAGCAACAGAAACCAAGACUACAUGGCAUCAUCGGAGCCCAAUUCUCCCACCAAAGCAAACACUGAAUAUCCAAACACACCAGAAAAGCAAGAUCUAGAUUUAAAAUCAUGUUUGAUCAUGAUGAUAGAGAACUUCAAGAAAGACAUAAAGAAUCCCUUAGAGAAAUGGAGGAAAACGUAAAUAAACAAGUAGAAGCGUAUAGAGAGAGAUCACAAAAAUCCCUGAAAGAAUUCCAGGAAAACACAACCAAACAGGUGAAGGAAUUAAAAAUGGAAAUAGAAACAAUAAAGAAAGCACAAAGGGAGACAACCCUGGAUAUAGAAAACCAAAGGAAGAGACAAGGAACCGUAGAUACAAGCAUCACCAACAGAAUACAAGAGAUAGAGGAGAGAAUCUCAGGAGCAGAAGAUUCCAUAGAAAUCAUUGACACAACUGUCAAAGAUAAUGUAAAAUGGAAAAAGCUACUGGUCCAAAACAUACAGGAAAUCAAGAACUCAAUGAGAAGAUCAAACCUAAGGAUAAUAGGUAUAGAAGAGAGUGAUGACUCCCAGCUCAAAGGACCAGUAAAUAUCUUCACCAAAAUCAUAGAAGAAAACUUCCUUAACCUAAAGAAACAGAUGCCCAUAAACAUACAAGAAGCCUACAGAACACGAAAUAGAUUGGACCAGAAAAGAAACUCCUCCCGUCACAUAAUAGUCAAAACACCAAAUGCACAAAAUGAAGAAAGAAUAUUAAAAGCAGUAAGGGAAAAAGGUCAAGUAACAUAUAAAGGCAGACCUAUCAGAAUCAUACCAGACUUCUCACCAGAGACUGUGAAAGCCAGAAGAUCCUGGACAGAUGUCAUACAGACCCUAAGAGAAUACAAAUGCCAGCCCAGGUUACUGUAUCCUGCAAAACUCUCAAUUAACAUAGAUGGAGAAACCAAGAUAUUCCAUGACAAAACUAAUUUACACAAUAUCUUUCUACAUCCAGCCCUACAAAUGAUAAUAAAUGGUAAAGCCCAAUAUAAGGAAGCAAGCUUCACCCUAGAAAAAGCAAGAAACUAAUCAUCUUGGCAACAAAACAAAGAGAAGAAAAGCACACAAACAUAAUCUCACAUCCAAAUACGAAUAUAAUAGGGAGCAACAAUCACUAUUCCUUAAUAUCUCUCAACAUCAAUGGAUUCAACUCCCCAAUAAAAAGACAUAGAUUAACAAACUGGAUAUGUAAUGAGGACCCUGCAUUCUGCUGCCUACGGGAAACACACCUCAGAGACAAAGACAGACACUACCUCAGAGUGAAAGUCUGGAAAACAACUUUUCAAGCAAAUGGUCUGAAGAAGCAAACUGGAGUAGCCAUUUUAAUAUCGAAUAAAAUCGAUUUUCAACUAAAAGUCAUCAAAAAAGAUAAGGAAGGACACUUCAUAUUCAUCAAAGGAAAAAUCCACCAAGAUGAACUCUCAAUCCUAAAUAUCUAUGCUCCAAAUACAAGGGCAACAACAUACAUAAAAGAAACCUUACUAAAGCUCAAAGCACACAUUGCACCUCACACAAUAAUAGUGGGAGAUUUCAACACCUCAUUCUCAUCAAUGGACAGAUCCUGGAAACAGAAAUUAAACAGCGUCAUAGAGAGACUAAGAGAAGUCAUGAACCAAAUGGACUUAACAGAUAUUUAUAGAACAUUCUAUCCUAAAACAAAAGGAUAUACCUUCUUCUCACCACCUCAUGGUACAAAAUUGAUCAGAUAAUUGGUCAUAAAACAGGCCUCAAUAGAUACAGAAAGAUAGAAAUAAUCCCAUGCGUCCUAUCAGACCACCAUGGACUAAAGCUGGUCUUCAACAACAAUAAGGGAAGAACGCCCACAUAUACAUGGAAGUUGAAUAAUGCUCUACUCAAUGAUGACCUGGUCAAGGAAGAAAUAAAGAAAGAAAUUAAAAACUUCUUAGAAUUUAAUGAAAAUGAAGGUAUAUUAUACCCAAACUUAUGGGACACAAUGAAAGCUGUGCUAAGAGGAAAACUCAUACCUCUGAGUGCCUGCAGAAAGAAACAGGAGAGAGUAUAUAUCAGCAGCUUGACAGCACACCUAAAAGCUCUAGAACAAAAAGAAGCAAAUACACCCAGGAGGAGUAGAAGGCAGGAAAUAGUCAAACUCAGGGCUGAAAUCAACCAAGUAGAAACAAAAAGGACUAUAGAAAGAACCAAAAGAACCAAAAGUUGGUUCUUUGAGAAAAUCAACAAGAUAGACUUAGCCAGACUAACGAGAGGACACAGAGAGUAUGUCCAAAUUAACAAAAUCAGAAAUGAAAAGGGAGACAUAACUACAGAAUCAGAGGAAAUUAAAAAAAUCAUCAGAUCCUACUACAAAAGCCUAUAUUCAACAAAACUUGAAAAUCUUCAGGAAAUGGACAAUUUCCUAGACAGAUACCUGGUACUGAAGUUAAAUCAGGAACAGAUAAACCAUUUAAAUAACCCCAUAACUCCUAAAGAAAUAGAAGCAGUCAUUAAAGGUCUCCCAACCAAAAAGAGCCCAGGUCCAUAUGGGUUCAGUGAAGAAUUCUAUCAGACCUUCAUAGAAGACCUCAUACCAAUACUAUCCAGACUACUCCACAAAAUUGAAACAGAUGGAGCGCUACCUUCUAUGAAGCCACAAUUACUCUUAUACAUAAACCACACAAAGACCCAACAAAGAAAGCAAACUUCAGACCAAUUUCCCUUAUGAAUAUCGACGCAAAAACACUCAAUAAAAUUCUGGCAAACCGAAUCCAAGAGCACAUCAAAACAAUCAUCCAACAUGAUCAAGUAGUCUUCAUCCCAGGCAUGCAGGGAUGGUUUAAUAUACGGAAAACCAUCAAUGUGAUCCAUUAUACAAACAAACUGAAAGAACAAAACCACAUGAUCAUUUCAUUAGAUGCUGAGAAAACAUUUGACAAAUUUCAACACCCCUUCAUGAUAAAAGUCCUGGAAAGACUAGGAAUUCAAGGCCCAUACCUAAACAUAAUAAAAGCCAUAUACAGCAAACCAGUAGCUAACAUUAAACUAAAUGAAGAGAAACUUGAAGCCAUCCCACUAAAAUCAGGGACUAGAAAAUGGUGCCCACUCUCUCCCUACUUAUUCAAUAUAGUUCUUGAUGUUCUAGCCAGGGCAAUCAGACUACAAAAGAAGAUCAAGGGGAUACAGAUCGGAAAAGAAGAAGUCAAAAUAUCACUAUUUGCAGAUGAUAUGAUAUUAUAUUUAAGUGUCCCCAAAGUUCUUUCUACCAGAAAACUACUAAACCUGAUAAACACCUUCAGGAAAGUGGCUGGGUAUAAAAUUAACUCAAAUAAAUGAGUAGCCUUCUUCUACACAAAAGAGAAACAAGCCGAGAAAGAAAUUAGGGAAAUGACACCCUUCAUAAUAGUCCCAAAUAAUAUAAAGUACCUCGGUGUGACUUUAACCAAGCAAGUAAAAGAUCUGUACAAUAAGAAUUUCAAGCCUCUGAAGAAAGAAAUUGAAGAAGACCUCAGAAGAUGGAAAGAUCUCCCGUGUUCAUGGAUUGGCAGGAUUAAUAUAGUAAAAAUGGCCAUUUUACCAAAAGCGAUCUACAGAUUCAAUGCAAUCCCCAUCAAAAUACCAAUCCAAUUCUUCAGAGAUUUAGAACAAUUUGCAAAUUCAUCUUGAAUAACAAAAAACCCAGGACAGCUAAAACUAUCCUCAACAAUAAAAGGACUUCAGGGGAAAUCACUAUCCCUGAACUCAAGCAGUAUUACAGAGCAAUAGUGAUAAAAACUGCAUGGUAUUGCUACAGAGACAGACAGAUAUACCAAUGGAAUAGAAUUGAAGACCCAGAAAUGAACCCACACACUUAUGGGCACUUGAUUUUUGACAAAGGAGCCAAAACCAUCCAAUGGAAAAAAGAUAGCAUUUUCAGCAAAUGGUGCUGGUUCAACUGGAGGUCAGCAUAUAGAAGAAUGCAGAUCAAUCCAUGCUUAUCACCCUGUACAAAGCUUAAGUCCAAGUGGAUCAAGAAUGUCCACAUCACACCAGACACACUCAACCUAAUCAGAGAGAAAGUGGGGAAGAGUUUUGAACACAUGGGCACUGGAGAAAAUUUCCUGAACAAAACACCAAUGGCUUAUGCUCUAAGAUCAAGAAUCAACAAAUGGGAUCUUAUAAAGCUGCAAAGCUUCUGUAAGGCAAAGGACACUGUUGUUAGGACAAAGGGACAACCAACAAAUUGGGAAAAGAUCUUUACCAAUUCUACAACUGAUAGCGGGCUUAUAUCCAAAAUAUACAAAGAACUCAAGAAGUUAGACUGCAGGGAGACAAAUAACCCUAUUAAAAACUGGGGUUCAGAGCUAAACAAAGAAUUCACAGCUGAGGAAUGCCGAAUGACUGAGAAGCACCUAAAGAAAUGUUCAACAUCUUUAGUCAUAAGGGAAAUGCAAAUCAAAACAACCCUGAGAUUCUAUGUCACACCAUUCAGAAUGGCUAAGAUCAAAAACUCAGGUGACAGCAAAUGCUGGUGAGGAUGUAGAGAAAGAGGAACACUCCCCCAUUGUUGGUGGGAUUGCAGACUGGUACAACUAUUCUGGAAAUCAGUCUGGAGGUUCCUCAGAAAAUUGGACAUUGAACUACCUGAGGACCCAGCUAUACCUCUCUUGGGCAUAUACCCAAAAGAUGCCCCAACAUAUAAAAAAGACACGUGCUCCACUAUGUUCAUAGCCUUAUUUAUAAUAGCCAGAAGCUGGAAAGAACCCAGAUGCCCUUCAACAGAGGAAUAGAUACAGAAAAUGUGGUACAUCUACACAAUGGAAUAUUACUCAGCUAUCAAAAACAAUAACUUCAUGAAAUUCAUAGGCAAAUGGAUGGAACUGGAAAAUAUCAUCCUGAGUGAGGUAACCCAAUCACAGAAAAACACACAUGGUAUGUACUCAUUGAUAAGUGCAUAUUAGCCCAAAUGCUUGAAUUACCCUAGAUGCACAGAACACAUGAAACUCAAGAAGGAUGACCAAAAUGUGGAUGCUUCACUCCUUCUUUAAAAGGGGAACAAGAAUACCCUUAGGAGGGGAUAGGGAGGCAAAGUUUAGAACAGAUGCCGAAGGAACAGCCAUUCAGAGCCUGCCCCACAUGUGGCCCAUACAUAUAGAGCCACCAAACUAGAUAAGAUGGAUGAAGCAAAGAAGUACAGGCCGACAGGAACCGGAUGUAGAUCUCUCCUGAGAGACACAGCCAGAAUACAGCAAAUACAUAGGCGAACGCCAGCAGCAAACCACUGAACUGAGAACAGGACCCCCAUUGAAGGAAUCAGAGAAAGGACUGAAAGAGCUGCAGGGGCUUGAGACCCCAUAUGAACAACAAUGCCAAGCAACCAGAGCUUCCAGGGACUAAGCCACUACCUAAAGACUAUACAUGGACUGACCCUGGACUCUGACCUCAUAGGUAGCAAUGAAUAGCCUAGUAAGAGCACCAAUGGAAGGGGAAGCCCUUAGUCCUGCCAAGACUGAACCCCCAGUGAAUGUGAUUGUUCGGGGGAGGGUGGUAAUGGGGGGAGGAUGGAGAG